AGCGGACAAUAAAAACAUAAAAUUUUCGUACGUCCUCCAUCUUGGUGGUGCUUCUGUACAAUAUCUAUACCCAGUAAACAGUGUAAGCGCUUUGGAGGGUUUCACUUCGUGAAAGUUUAGAAAUAGUGACGGACACAGUCCACUUUCAAGUGCUACACUUUCCCGAACGAGAGACGAAAAAAUGACCAUCAUUACGAAACCGUCGGCCAAGAAGGCGGAGAAGUCUAUUCUGCCGCUGGUUCGUCCGGAUGCCAGCCCAAGUGCGCCAGCUGACGAUGGAAAUUCGACGGCAUCGAAUAUUAUUCUGCUGCGCCGCGCUCGCCAGCUGUCCCCGGCAAAUGUUGCCCUACUGCUGAUGGUGGCCCUGCUUGGUAUCUCGAUCGGUACGAUCGGUGGCCUGUACUGCUACCGUCAGUACAUGGCGUCGCGAAACAACCACAUGCGCUACACGGGCUACUGCAGGAUCCCGUACGACGCCAGCAACUACGAGUCGCUGUACCGCCCGGUGAACGCCAACCACGACGAUAUCCUACGCAUGUUCCAGAUGCACGCCAACGCCCUCGACUCCGGCAUGCCCGAGGAGGUUUCCCGCGCGCUCAAGAAUAGCGACGAAAGCGACAACAGCAACGACAACAACGACGGAGACAACAUGGCCGACCAGUUCUUCCGCGAGGAGUUCGAGCUGGGACUGUCGGACGAGGAGAACUACUCAAAGAUCGAUGUGCCGCUGUUCCGUGGCCAGCGUCCGGCUCGCUUCCUGCACGAUUUCAAGUUCAACCAGUCCGGCAUCAUCGAUAGCGCGGCCAAACGGUGCUUCGUAAUGGCGCUUGACCGUGAGACGAUUCUGCCGCCGCAGUCGCUCCGCGACCUCAUCCAGAAGAUGCAGAUCGGCUACUACAAUAUCGACACGAGCGUGGUGAAGAAGACGAUGCGCGUCGUGCAGCCGGAACUGACCGAUUACACCGACGUGUCGCCCCGCAUCACCAAGGAGUGCUUCGACAUGAAGAUCUACCAGCUGGAGAAGAUCAUCAGCGGUGUCUACAAACGUUCGACCGACAUCCAGGAGCGCUCGAAGUACGCCGAAUUCGGUGGCAAACACAUUGCGCUCAUCGAUAUCACGAACCUCGAAGAGCUGAACUAGGACAGCACCGACUAGAAGGGGGAGCCUAAAGAUGUCGGAAAACCGACAAGGAAUCGAGGUGGCGUUGAGAGAGAACCUGUUUUUAUGGCCGAGAAGCAAAAGCGACACCCAAAAACCACCACACCGUCGCAACCAGCUGAAAAGGAAAAAUAUUCACGUCAUUUUAUAAGCAUCCUAUAGGAAAACAUCCGCAUGUAGAAGAGCAGCACCACAAGAAACCAACCAAGUCCGAACCGAAUUGCGUUCGCUUUGUCUCCAGGGCCCAGCUAGUCGCUGUGUCGGCAAAGGAGAAAGCGAAGCAAAACAACUGCAGCAACAAGAAUGCUCUUAGCAGGAAAACUAAACGAAAAGAAAAGCAUUGAACAGACCACAAGAGUUCGAUUUAGAAGCAAAUAACUACUAUCUUACACCACUUUAUACCUACCUACCCUCCCUUCUCUAAAGUGUUCCCUUUUGCCCCGUGCUCGGAACGGGCUCUCGAAUCGUUACAGGAGUUUUCGUUACGUUUACCAUACCAUUUCGUGGAUUUUUCGGUCCAUGGAUAAAAAAUAAGUUAGUACGUUCCUGCAUCCGGGUAAUUGUGAAACCGUGUAUUAUCUAUCAUUCACCGUACCGUUCGGUAUCGGUUUAAUGCAAAUUCCUAACAUUACUUCUCCCGUUUUCAAGCGCAUAACACAACAAAGAACCCUUUUUAAAUGGCCGCAAGUGCUGUAUUUUGUUUGUUAAAUGAAAUGAUAAACAACGAACAAAAAAAAAUUAAUUUAAAAAUUUGAAAUUCGAUGUUACUGAACGUAAAUUGUAUUGAUGAUGUGAAAGAUGAAUAUUACAUAGAUAAAUUUUGGGUGCUCUUUUCCUCGAGCUCUGGUGUUUGCUUGCUUUCAUAAAAUAUCAGUGUGGCCUCUUUAGAACGUCUUGUACGACGACACACUACUGUUAACGUGUUAACGGUUCCCUUCAGCUGUCCCUGUUAGAGUAAUGGCUCCGAUGGUCGUUUGUGCCCUCGUGCAAUCGUGGUAUUCAAAUUGUGUUUUUUUUAAGUUUAUAUAAUAUGCACAACCAAAUGUGAUUAUUUGUCUUCUUUGAUUUGCAUUGGCACCAUCUUCACACCAUAGUUUGUUUAGUUUGCAAUAGUUGAGGCAAGUUUCAUUCAAGGUUUAAGGUGUGCUGCACCACACAUACACAUUCCUGGUGAAGAAUGUUAUUGCUCUUCUUCGCCCGAGCUGUUCUUUCUGAAACAAAUUAAAAAACAACAAAAAAACAGAUACAAUUUCUCAAUCCUUCG